AGAAAUCCCAAACGGGGCAGAAAUCCCGAACGGGGCAGAAAUCCCAAACGGGGCAGAAAUCCCGAACCGAGCAGAAAUCUCAAACAGGGCAGAAAUCCCAAACCGAGCAGAAAUCCCAAACGGGGCAGAAAUCCCGAACCGAGCAGAAAUCCCAAACGGGGCAGAAAUCCCGAACCGAGCAGAAAUCCCGAACUGAGCAGAAAUCCCAAACGGGGCAGAAAUCCCGAACGGAGCAGAAAUCCCAAACGGGGCAGAAAUCCCGAACCGAGCAGAAAUCCCGAACUGAGCAGAAAUCCCAAACGGGGCAGAAAUCCCGAACGGAGCAGAAAUCCCAAACGGGGCAGAAAUCCCGAACCGAGCAGAAAUCCCGAACUGAGCAGAAAUCCCAAACGGGGCAGAAAUCCCGAACGGAGCAGAAAUCCCAAACGGGGCAGAAAUCCCGAACCGAGCAGAAAUCCCGAACUGAGCAGAAAUCCCAAACGGGGCAGAAAUCCCGAACGGAGCAGAAAUCCCAAACGGGGCAGAAAUCCCGAACGGAGCAGAAAUCCCAAACGGGGCAGAAAUCCCGAACGGAGCAGAAAUCCCAAACGGGGCAGAAAUCCCGAACGGAGCAGAAAUCCCAAACGGGGCAGAAAUCCCGAACGGAGCAGAAAUCCCAAACGGGGCAGAAAUCCCGAACGGAGCAGAAAUCCCAAACGGGGCAGAAAUCCCGAACGGAGCAGAAAUCCCAAACGGGGCAGAAAUCCCGAACGGAGCAGAAAUCCCAAACGGGGCAGAAAUCCCGAACGGAGCAGAAAUCCCAAACGGGGCAGAAAUCCCGAACGGAGCAGAAAUCCCAAACGGGGCAGAAAUCCCGAACGGAGCAGAAAUCCCAAACGGGGCAGAAAUCCCGAACGGAGCAGAAAUCCCAAACGGGGCAGAAAUCCCGAACGGAGCAGAAAUCCCAAACGGGGCAGAAAUCCCGAACGGAGCAGAAAUCCCAAACGGGGCAGAAAUCCCGAACCGAGCAGAAAUCCCGAACGGGGCAGAAAUCCCGAACGGGGCAGAAAUCCCAAACCGGGUCAACGAGAUGCCACAACUACAAAAAAAGAUUGUGCACAUGGCAGUUCCAAUGCAAAAAACCAGUAA